GAGGAUUGGAGGCUUGCGUAGGGCACGGCGCUAUAUCACAGCGCUAACAGCAAACGGGUAACGUCACUCCAAGCGCUGCCUUCGUCAGUAUAGGCACUCCGGGUUUUAAGUUACACAUGAAUUAGUCCCUGGUCAGCAAUCAAAGUAGGAACUGUUGUUGUUGGAGUCCUGACACUUCGUGGGAUCUCUCCUAAGUUUAUCUUCUGUGGAAAAUCCGCGAGGAACAUCGUUUUGGACCCUCCACAAUGCUCGGUACAGUUAAAAUGGAAGGACACGACCAUUCUGACUGGAGCGCCUAUUACGGAGAACCCGAGUGUUACACUUCAGUUGGAAACAUGAGCAGCGGACUGGGAAUGAACUCUAUGAGCACUUACAUGAGCGUACCUGGAAUGAGCUCAGCAGGCAGCAUGACAGCCAGCUCCAUGAACAUGUCCUAUGUUAACACGGGCGUCAGCCACUCCGUGGCGGGCAUGUCACCGGGUAGUGGGCCCAUGAAUGGCAUGGGCGCGGGGAUGGCAAGCAUGGGCGGAACGCUUAACCACAGCAUGAGUCCAAUGAGCGCGCAACCGCCAUCCAUGAAUGCUCUUGCAUCCUACACAAAUAUGAACGUUAUGAGCCCGAUGUACGGCCAGUCAAAUGUCAGGUCCCGAGAUCCGAAAACAUAUCGGAGAAGCUACACGCAUGCAAAGCCUCCUUACUCUUACAUAUCUCUGAUAACUAUGGCUAUUCAGCAGUCUUCAUCUAAGAUGCUCACGCUGAGCGAGAUCUACCAGUGGAUCAUGGACCUCUUUCCAUUUUACAGGCAAAACCAGCAACGCUGGCAGAAUUCUAUUCGUCACUCACUGUCAUUCAAUGAUUGUUUUGUUAAAGUGCCGAGGUCCCCUGACAAGCCAGGAAAAGGCUCUUUUUGGACUCUUCACCCAGAUUCGGGGAAUAUGUUUGAGAAUGGUUGUUACUUAAGGAGGCAGAAACGAUUUAAGUGCGAUAAAUUAUGCGGCAAAGACUCUGGCAAGAAGACAUCCGAGGGGGAAUCUAAUAGCAGCUCAGAAAGCUGCAACGGCAACGACUCUCCUCAUUCUAAUCCCUCUACAAAAAACAUGAAACGGUCGGCGUCAGAUCCGAAACCCAGGCAGACAUUGAGCCCCGAGCAGCCGCCCUCGCCGCUUCAGCAGACGCAUCACCUGCUGUCCCAGCAUCACUCAGUGCUGGUGCACGAUUCGCACCUGAAGCCAGAACACCAUUAUUCGUUCAAUCAUCCAUUCUCUAUUAACAACCUGAUGUCCUCGGAACAGCAGCAACACAAAAUGGACUUGAGGACUUAUGAACAAAUGGUGCACUAUUCCGGUUACGGUUCACAAAUGACAGGGGGGCUGUCGAUGGGCUCCAUGUCUGCCAAAGCGGGACUAGAGCCUUCGACUCUACCCACAGACACCUCUUACUACCAAGGUGUGUACUCCAGGCCUAUAAUGAACUCUUCGUAAAAUUAAAGCCCGAUGGACUCUUCUCAUUUUAUUUGUACAUAUGUAAAUAUGUCAUUUUUUUGUAUAGACAGUGUGUCAGCGCUUUAAUUGUUGUCUCAGUUAAUUUUUGUGCCGCUGAGAUAAAACUGGUCUACUCUCUGCAUAUACAGUUAUAGAUUAACGUUCGUUUACCAAAUUUGAGACUGCCGCCUGGAGUUCGAUCUUUCUCUAACGGUGACCGGACCUGAUAGCAUCUCACACGACCACAAAUGAAACGGAGUUCAAAAGAUGAAAGCAAUUUAUCUUUUUUUUUGAGUGUCCUAAUUUAUGGCUUGUAAUUGUGUAUAUUCAUGUAGCUUACAAGUCCUUAUUAAAUUACUAAUUGAA